AAAAAACAAAAAAAAGAAAAGAAAAGAAAAGAAAACAAAGCGGUAUUGAAGACUCCAAAAAAAGUGGUUUCAUUGGACAAAAGCAGAAAGCGGUUUUGUAACUGAAGCAGAGCAGGAAAAAGAUUAUUGAAAGAGGGAAAAAAGAAAAAUCCACACAGUCUUUACGGAGAAACUACCAACAAUGAAUUCAUAUAUAACCGUCUUUACUAUUUAGUCUUUUUAUUUUUUUUUAUUAUUCUCUUUUUUUCUUUCGUUAUUUGGAGUCUUCUUGGGGGAUCUUCUCUGCUCUCAUUAAUGGGGUAGACUCUGCCUGCUUCAAAGACUUUUUGCCUUUUAGCUAUAGUGUUUCUUCUUUAGUGCUUUGCUUUCUCUGCAUCGUCUGUACGACCUCCUUUUGAUGGCUCAUGUAGAAGGUAAUCCAAGGGUUUCCUCGAUUGCUCAUGAGGAGUCAGAAUCUAUGAGGAAAAAAAUGGGUUUUUCUUUUUGCUGUUGUAUGGUUACGGUACGGACAUUGGUGUUUUUGCAAGCCCAACUGGGUUGAGUUGAGCAACUUGAAUUUUUCUUGGUAGAGUUGGAGCUAAACUUUUUUUGAAGGCUUUAAAUCAUGACAAAUCCUUGCUGGGUGUGGGUGUUGAUGAUCUAUAUCCGGAGCUAUGGGAGUUAUGUGCAGGACCGUUGGUGGAGAUUCCUCGGGUUCACGAGCGAGUCUUUUAUUUCCCUCAGGGUCACAUGGAACAAUUAGAAGCAUCAACUAAUCAGGAACUUAAUAAUCAAGCCCCGCUGUUUAAUCUUCCUUCUAAGAUCCUAUGUCGCGUUCUUCACUUCCAGUUACUGGCAGAAAAAGAGACAGAUGAGGUUUAUGCUCAGAUCACUUUGCAGCCUGAAGUAGAUCAAAGUGAACCUACAAGUCCUGAUCCCUGCCCGACUGAGGCUCCAAAGAUGACGGUUCAUUCCUUCUGUAAGAUUUUAACUGCAUCAGACACAAGCACUCAUGGAGGAUUCUCUGUUCUCCGAAAGCAUGCCACUGAGUCUUUGCCUCCUUUGGAUAUGAGUCAAGCAACCCCAACUCAGGAGUUGACUGCCAAAGAUCUUCAUGGGCAUGAGUGGAGGUUCAAGCAUAUAUUUAGGGGGCAACCACGGAGACAUUUACUUACAACAGGGUGGAGCACCUUUGUCACAAACAAGAGAUUGGUUGCAGGUGAUGCAUUUGUGUUUCUCAGAGGUGAUAAUGGAGAACUAAGAGUUGGAGUUCGGCGGCUUGCUCGUCAACAGAGCACAAUGCCUUCGUCUGUGAUAUCUAGCCAGAGCAUGCAUUUAGGAGUGCUUGCUACUGCUGCUCAUGCUGUUACAACUCAUACCCUCUUUGUUGUGUACUACAAGCCAAGGACAAGCCAAUUCAUUAUAGGAGUAAAUAAGUAUCUGGAGGCUAUUAACAACAGAUUCUCCGUUGGCAUGCGUUUCAAGAUGAGAUUUGAGGGAGAAGAGUCUCCUGAGAGAAGGUUCACUGGUACCAUAGUUGGGGUUGGAGAUAUUUCCCCACAUUGGUCAGAAUCUAAAUGGCGGUCCUUGAAGAUUCAAUGGGAUGAACCUGCAACAAUACAAAGGCCGGAGAGAGUUUCUCCCUGGGAAAUAGAACCAUUUGUGGCCUCUGCUUCUAUAAAUCUUGUACAACCAGCUGUAAAGAGCAAAAGACCACGACCGGUUGAUAUUCCAGCUUCUGAAAUUACUACAAAUUCAGCUGGUUCAGCCUUCUGGUGUCGCGGGUCAACCCAGUCUCAUCAACUAACCCGAGGAGGAAGCACACCUGAUGUCCAAAGCAGUGAAAGCAAAGUUAUGUGGUCUAUGAGGCAGAAAGAAAUUGAUAAUAGUCUUAUCAAUAGUAGUGGAGGCUAUAACCCAAGGACUCGACCUGAAAAUGCCUGGCCACCUUCUCCUCAUAUGAAUGUCUCUCUAAACCUUUUUCCCGAUUCAAUCGAUGACAGCAACAAAACUGGAACACCUCAGACUGUUCUCGCUGGUUAUGCCUCUUCUGUUCAAUCAAGGCAAAGCAAGGGCCUGAUGCAUGACCAAGUUGAAAAAGGAAAAAAAUCCAAGAUUUCCACAGGUUGCCGGUUGUUUGGGUUUAAUUUGACAGACAGCACUAGUGCAUCUGUGCCCCCUGACAAGGAACAAGCAAGCACAACUGUCGAUUAUAAUGGUGUGAGAGGGUUGAUUCCAGCUGCAUCUCAUAUUGAUCAGAAUCCAGAAACUUUGAAGUCUUCAAAGGAACAGAGGCAAGUUGCAUCAGAGACAUCAACAAAGGAGAAGCAGGCUAAGCAGGGUGCUGCUACUUCAAUGAGAACUCGAACUAAGGUACACAUGCAAGGGAUUGCAGUUGGUCGUGCAGUUGACUUGACUGUAUUGAAAGGAUAUGAUGAUCUUGUAAAUGAGCUGGAGAAAAUGUUUGAUAUCAAGGGAGAGCUUUGUCCCCAUGGUAAAUGGUCUGUUAUUUUUACUGAUGAUGAGGGUGAUAUGAUGCUUCUGGGCGAUGAUCCAUGGGUGGAAUUCUGUAAGAUGGUGAGAAAGAUCUUUAUAUAUUCGAGUGAGGAGGUGAAGAAGAUUAGUGCAAGAUGCAAAUUUCCAGCGUCAUCCUUGGAGGGUGAAGGGACGGUUGUAAGCUUGGAUUCAGAACAUAGGUCUGAAACAUGAAAGUUUGAAAACCCUUAUAUGGUUUUAUUUUGGUUUCCUUGGUUUGGAAUGGUAGGAGAAGAAAUGUUGGUAGUUUAUUUUGCUUAGUUUUUUUUUUUUUUUUUUUUUUUGGAGAGCAUUGCUCAAGGACAAUAGGAGAGUGAAUGAAACGCAUUGGGGAAAGUAAACUCGUAAUUUAUGGUAGAAGAAUGGGAAGACUUUUAGGUUUAGAAGUGGAAGGAUUGUGUAUACCUUUGCUUUGUUGGGUGGUGGUGUGGUUUCAGUGAAUGAGCCUGUAAAAAUAUAAAUGCAUGCAUUUAAUUUGCGCUUAGUUCAUGUUGGUUGGUUUCCCUUGGGUUGGCAUAGUCUGAGCUGUAGCUUUCACCAUUGUUUGGCCCCCUAGGGAAAGCUGACCAAGAUAUUGUUUCAGACAUUGCCUUGAGAUUUCCAUUUAUUUCACUGCGUUUUGGAAUCAAUCUCUACGGCUGUGAUUCCUCCUGGCCAGAGGGCCCCAUUGUGCAGUCAAAAGUUACCGGUGGCCAAAAGCUGUGCUGCUGUUACCUAUUGCAGGCCAUUCCACAUUAUGUGUCCUAUCAUUAUAGUUGUAAAGUUUAUGGUCCCAAAAUUUUUCCUAUGGGACAGAGCAGCAGGUUAGGUAGUGUUUCAGACAUACAAGGGAGGGAGCUGGUCUAACAUGAUAGCUAGUCUUGUUAGGUUUGGCAGUUCUUGCUCGUCACUUGCUCGACCAUUGUAGAACCCACCAACAUUAUCUAGGUUUUUUGAGUUAAUUGAUUUAAGUGUUAAAGGGGCGUGGCUCCCUUGCUGACAAUUGCUUUGCUAUACUAGUUCCAACAUACUUCAAUCUAGACUUGCCGGGUUAGUUGUUUUUAUUUUUGCUUGGCCUUAUUAAUGAUUUUGGCUCCAUGAACUUAGAGAUAAGAGCAAAAGUUCCAUUUGGUUGCGGAAUGAAACCGAGCAAAUGGUGAUCAUGUUAUAGAAUAAAUGCGAUUUCGGAGAAAAAAAAUACAAAGUAAAAAGAAGAAUGAAUGCGCCAGCGCGGCAGGCGGCAUGGAUAUAAGGAUCAGAAGCAUAGGAGAGGAGAGGGAAAGAAUGGGUUGGGUUCUAUAAUAUAGGGGGGAAGGGUUGGGGGAGGUGGGUUAGCUGUCCCUUUUGCAAAAAUAUGUCCAAAAUGGGGAGAGGCAACAUAGGUAAAAGGUUGUUUUCUUGGAGAUAUUGCUUCUGCUGAAGGCAGUAACGGUCCGAUUGGGGGACGGGAAAAUUGGACUCUUUAAAGGUUGUGGAAUAUCCAUUUGAAAAUGACAUUCAUUCAAGAUAUUGGAUUUGAUGACUGUAGUCUUCGUCACCCCUAUGUAUCUACUGCCAAUCCAUUUUUAGUAUUUCUCUCAAAAGAAGAACAAGCUUUUUAUAAAAAAUUUAGGUGAGAAACAACCCACCGGUCAGUAUCAGCUAUGAGAAACUAGGUUUUUAAAACGAAAACGACUUGGACAAGUGAAAGAAGCUAUAGAAAUUUUUGAACGUACCAAUGACGAAGAAUUAGAAAUCAAGCAAAGAGCAAAAUGAAUCUUAGCUU